CAGCGCGCACAGAAGAGGCUGCGGCGCGCGUCGGGAAGGCUCUCGGGGCGCUCCCACGGCGCGGGGACUCUGGAAGGAGGGGGCGAGAACCCCGGCGCGCGCGAGUCUGCGAGGGAGCGCUCAGCCGGGCACCUGUUUCUCCCGCGCCGCCGCCUUCCCGACCGCUCCGGCCCGCGCCUCCCGGGGCGCCCGCCCGCUCCCGCGAUGAAUCUGGCGCUGGGCAAUCAGACCGAUGUGGCGGGCCUGUUCCUGGCCAACAGCAGCGAGGCGCUGGAGCGCGCCGUGCGCUGCUGCACCCAGGCAUCGGUGGUCACCGACGACGGCUUUGCGGAGGGUGGCCCUGACGAGCGCAGCCUGUACAUCAUGCGCGUGGUGCAGAUCGCGGUCAUGUGCGUGCUCUCGCUCACGGUGGUCUUCGGCAUCUUCUUUCUUGGCUGCAACCUGCUCAUCAAGUCGGAGGGAAUGAUCAACUUCCUGGUGAAAGACCGGAGACCGUCUAAGGAGGUGGAGGCUGUGGUCGUGGGGCCCUACUAACCGGCCCUCCGGCCCCUGCGGCGGCCGCCCCACGUCUCCCCACUUCGCCCGCCGGGCCGCGCCCCCUCACCAUCCGCGACUGGGCAAAGCAAACCUGUCGGAGUCAGUUAUUUCUCUCCAGUUCUGACUUUCGGGAAGAAGCUCACUCUCGCUCACUCUGAAAGUCCCCGUGCCUGGCUCGAGGAGGAGAGCGCCCUGACAGUGGACUCUGCAGCAAGUGGCAACAGGGCCAGGAGGGUGCAGAACUUUGGAAGGUGCCGCUAGCGUGGGAUGCGGGGAGAGGCAAAGAGCGAAAGCCCUUCUCCACCCGCAGGUGGGCCAAACUCUGGGGGCAGGCGAGACGGCGGGCAGGGGCAGCGGCGGGCACCAUGCCCGGCGGCCUGCUGGAAAAGUGACCCGUGUAUACACUCAACAACCCUAAUGGAAAGACACAAAUUUGUGUCUGGAUUCGCGCCCACUUGCCCGUAUUCGCGCGCCUCCCAGCCCGGGCGGGAGGGGCCAUAAAUACCUUUGACUGAUUGUAACGUUAGGGGAUUUUGUGUGUGUUUGCUUGAAUACAAAUAUUUGAUAAGUCCCUUUCUGCCCUAGUGGCCUGUUUGCCUGCCAGGGUUGGAGUUUUGUCUUCGUGAAAGGAGGGGUGGGGGGAGGGGAGCCUGUGGAUGUGAAGGGGGUGAGUUGUUUCUUUUAUUGCAUUUUCAACUGGGUCUUUGGAAAGGGCUGGCGCCCCAGCUGGCCCCGGCCAAAGACCCGGAAUAGAACUUGUAGCUGGUGACUGCACGGUUUACGCUACAAAAGUGCUCUUGACAUUCGUGACACCGUUUUGACUUUUUUCUUAUUUGACAUUUCCUUAAUAAAUGCAAUAUUUAAAUGUUUUUGUUCCUGGCCUCCUGGUGGUCAUUCUGCAUUCUAGGCAGGAGGGAACCCAUGGCGGUGAGGAGUCAGGUUGCCGGCUGGGGAAUUCGCUUUGGACAGCUGCGAAUCAACUCCUGGAUUCCGUGGAGGGACGAGGGUGGGAACGCAUCGGAGAGGCCAGCAGACAAGGAGAGACCUCAGGCACUGGAGCCAUCCUGGAGGCAACAGCCUUUGUUUUUCCUAGGAGUUAAUUUUUUUUAUAUUUCAUUUAGGCUGAGUUCUCUGAGCAAAGCGAGACAACAGAAGGUCCCCACGGGAAGAUUACACUUCCAUGCAGGGCUCGGGCGGGAGCACAGGGUUGCACCAUUAAUGAAAGGAAGAGACAGCUUGGCCAGUCUUCAGAGAGGGCGUCUCUCCCCUGACCA